AUGGCCUCAAUCGACGACAGGCUCAGCGCCUUGCCCGACGAACUCCUCUCUCACAUCCUCUCUUUUCUCCCCUUGAAAACCUCAAUCUCCACCAGGAUCCUCGCCGCAAGAUGGAGGUUUUUAUUGGCUUACGCCCUUAACAUACAAUUCACCGAUCGCCGAUCGAGUUCUAUGGAUACAAUAUCCGAUCAUAGCGAGUUCGAAGACGUACUGAGAAAGAUUCUGUCCCAAUGUGAAGCGCACAGGCACAGCGUGAUCACACUUCGCCUCCACAGGGGUUUCUUCUGGGAGCAUAAACUUGAGGCGCACCUCGAGCGCGCCUUUGCCUGCAAGUUGAAAACUCUCGAUCUUAGGUUACUGUGUGACUUUGAAUCUUUGCCCCCUUGUGUGCUCACCUCCGAUACCCUAAUUGAUUUGAAGAUCACUUAUUUCAAUAUUAAGUUGAAGAAUGUCACUGUGUGUUUACCAGCACUCAAGAGGCUUCAUAUUGGGUCUGCUAACCUUAAGGGCUCCCUCGAAAACCUGAUUUCCGGUUGUCCCGUGCUCGAAGAGUUCACCUACAACGGAUGUAACGAACAUGUAUCGCAUUGCAUAUCUUCGUCCACCAUGAAGAGGUUGGUCAUCGAUUGUCACUUCCCUUACAAGGUGAAGAUAGAUACUCCUGCGCUUGAUUAUCUAUUACUACCGUAUAGUAUCCCCAAUAAUUUCUCGGUUGGGUCGAUGGACGCCUUAAUUGAAGCACACAUUGAUGUUUACCAUUCCGACGAUGAUCUUUAUUCUCGUUCCCUAGUAGAAUUUGUGAGUAGGUUAUCUACUGUAAAAGAAAUGAGCUUAUGUGCUUGGGAUAGGGGUUGGAAGGUUCCUCACUUUACCCCUGAUUAUUUGAACAUAAAGUUUCCCAAUUUAGCCAAACUCACGGUGAAGGGUGAAUGGCAAUUCAUCUCAAAUUUCGUGGAGAAGGCUGACAUGCUUCAAGUCCUUAAUGUCAUACACUAUCAGGAACCGGAGCGCGAGAUGGAACCCGUCCAGUUGCCUAUGGCUAAUUCAAUCAUGAAGCUUCACAAUUUAAUAAAACUCGACCUGCAAGUCGAUUGGUGGUUCCUCCCAUAUUUCCUAGAGAAGGCUGAUAAACUUAAAGUCCUUAUUAUCCGCAACAAUGUUUAUCAUAAGCGAAAACGCUGGUUAAUGGCUCCCCUCCAAGUGCCUAAUUGCCUGUCAUCACAUCUUAAAAUAGUACAAAUUCAUGAAUUGGAUGGUACAGAUGAGAAUGAAUUUGACAUGGUUAGAUAUUUCUUGAAGAAUGCUAAAGUCCUCGAGAGGAUGGAACUACACUGCUACGAGGGGAUGGAACGACAUUGCAUAGAAUCAAUUGGGAGAAUUUCAUCAUUUGAUCGAGGAUCUGAGAAGUGUGAGAUUGUCUUUGACGAAUGUCUGGAAUCGGACUAUUACUGA